AUGUCUAUCGCAGGCAUGCUCGAAAAGAACUUCAUGAAUUGCCUCCAAAGCCAGCAACGAGGACGAAAACAUUUCCAUAAUCUCUGGACUGCAGCGGAAAAGCCAUCCUCAGGAUUGGCCAUCAUGAUUACCGAGUCCUUGCAGAUCACUCGGACCAGACUGCUUCCUCAAAUCACACCAUUGGCGUCGACAUUUAAAAUAGUCUUCAUUAGCAGAAGCUGCUCGUUAUUAUUGACUGUUGAGUGCGCAGCUCAGCUUUCCGUUUUCGAAGAUGUUCGCUUCCAGGCGUCAGGGAAGCCCGACCUAGAUGAUGAUCAAAUCUCCUUGUGCUCUGAUAAUGUAGUCGCUGUCGAUGACGAUGACGACACGGAAGAAUACAAAGUGCCCACUGUCGAGCAACUCAGUGAUAAUGCCUAUGUACUCACUGCCGCCGCUGCUGAUACAACAGAUUGUCAUUCGGUGUCGUUGGCCGACUUCUCUUCCACGACCGUCCCCAAGCCGGGUGCUGAGUUCCAUGGCUACCAUGUCCCAGACGGGACUACUGUCAGUAUGAGCUCCUGGAUAGUGCAUCGAAACGAGUACCUUUUUCCGAACACAGAGAAGUUUGAUCCGACACGCUGGCAGGGCCCUGCCACACACAGCGCCCUCGAAAAGCACCUCUUCUCGUUUGGCAAGGGCCGGCGGUAA